AUUGUCAGAGUGGCAAAGAUGGCUACGGAACCAAAUAAGACUGAAAUCUUGACCAUUUUCAAGAGAUUAAGAUCCAUCCCUACGAACAAGGUGUGUUUCGACUGCGCUGCCAAGAACCCGAGCUGGGCGAGUAUCCCUUAUGGCGUGUUCCUGUGCAUCGACUGCUCCGGCAUCCACCGCUCCCUGGGCGUUCACCUCAGCUUCAUCAGAUCGACUGAGUUAGACUCCAACUGGAACUGGUUCCAGCUCAGAUGUAUGCAGGUCGGAGGAAACGCCAACGCUACGGCGUUCUUCCGUCAGCACGGCUGCUCUACAAACGACACCAACGCCAAGUACAACAGCCGCGCCGCUCAGAUGUACAGAGAGAAGAUCCGGCAGCAGGCGAACACUGCGCUGUCCAAAUAUGGAACAGAUCUGUGGUUCGACUCCUCUGCAGGAAACGCUCCAGCUGCUCCCGAGAAGAAAGAGACCGACUUCUUUGCAGAACAUACGCAGCCUUCUAAUGACUGGACCAUGGCGCCGGCCUCGGAGUCGGAGCAGAACGGAGCGGCCAUCACCUCUCAGCUGACCGACACGACGACCAAGAUCCAGGACGACAACCAGCCGGAGGACGGACCGAGCAUCGAAGGACUGAGCACAUCACCCAAAGCUUCCAUCGGUUAG